GAUGUCCUUUCCCACCUGGACCCCACCCCCUGGAAUCCAGAGCCAGAGACUCUCCCGCUUCUUUGAAAGAGUCCAAGAUCUGCGCAGAGAUUUCAAGCCAGCCUUGGCUCAGGGCACGAUCCAGGACCUCAUACAGGGGGUAGAUGAGCUGCUGGAGACCCCUGAGGACCUGGAGGACCUGCCCCCCUCAAAGCAGCACUGUGUGGCCACUAACCUGCUCGUUGGCCUGGAAGAUGUCCUGAGAAAUAUUAGCCAGGCUCUGCCCGAUAAGACGCUGACCUUCAAUGCACCUGCAGGCACAGGGUGCUACUGUGAAUAUUGGUGGACAAGUUUUUGUUUGAAUAACAGUUCUCA